CUCGAGACAAUGUGUUUGUUGUUGGUUAGUAUCCAGGAUUGGUGGGAGGAGGGUGUAACUGUAUCCUGGAGUAAAGAUUAAACAUGGCUGAGAAUAUAUCAACCCUAUCCCAGGGGGAGAAAAUUCAACAAUCUGCAAACAAUUCAAUACCUAACAAACUUCCACUCAAAAACUCUAAGAUGAAUGAAUUACGAAGAUUGGACUCUUCAACCUUUUCCGCCAGGUUUGAGCAUCGCCGACACACGUCCGUGGCAAUGAACCGGAAUUACUCUGAGACAAGUCAGAUUUGUAUCCCAGCAGAUAAAAAUAACAAGGCUAUCAUUCUGGAUGUCGGAGGGAAAAAGCAUAAAAUUAGAAUGGAUAACUUCAACAUCUACCCAAACACAAGGCUCGGGAAACUAGUGAAAGCGAAGAAGCUGGAAGAUAUUCUUGACCUUUGUGAUGAUUUCUGUCCCGGUCAACCUACAGAAUAUUUCUUCGACAGAAGUUGGCAUUCAUUCAAUUCCAUUCUUGACAUCUACAGAACGGGGUUGCUUCACCUAAACAACGAUAUGUGUGCUCUGGUUUUACAGAAAGACCUGGAGUACUGGCAGAUAGAUGAACUGAUCCUUGAACCCUGCUGUGCUCUCAAGUACUACCCGGAGAUAGAACUGUGUGUAAAGGAGCAGAAAGGAGAACAGGAAGCAAAGGCGAAGGAAGCCCAAAGGUUGAAAGAUGAAGAUUUUGGAAACUCCCGGAUAGGUCGUCUUAGAUCCCACUUAUGGAAUGUAAUGGAGUAUCCUGAAACCUCAAGAACUGCACAGAUGUUUGCCUGGUCCAGUCUUGGAGUUGUUCUUCUCUCAACCUUCACUUUCGUCCUCGGCACUUUCCCAGAGUUCCAGGGGGAGGAGGAGACAGGACAACCUCCGCCAUAUCCAGAGGCUGUCCUCGCCAUGGAGGUCGUAGAAAACUGUGCCGUCCUGUUCUUCGUGAUGGAGUAUAUCGUUAGGUUUGUCUGCUCUCCAAGAAAAUGGAGAUUUUUCAAGCAACCCAUGAAUCUGGUAGAUUUCUUCGCCAUCAUACCUUUCCUUUUAGACCUUGUUAUAGGUGGACUCCAGGACUUUGAAAUCAUGGGUAAAGCCGGUAAAAUAGUGAGAUUAGUACGAGUAAUGCGAGUUAUGAGAAUAUUUAAACUCGUCAGACAUUUUGCCGGACUACAGUCUCUAAUAUACACCCUGAACCAGGCGUACAAAGAACUAGGUUUACUAAUGCUCCUAGUAGGGGUAGCAGUACUCACCUUCGCCUCACUAGUUUAUUUCGCGGAGAAGGAUAAUCCUGCCGGCUCUUGGUCCUUCCUGGACUCUUUCUGGUGGGGACUCAUGACACUUACUACCGUAGGGUACGGAGAAUUGUCUCCGUCAACGUUUCCGGGAAAACUAAUCGGAGGUUUAUGUGCGCUCUGUGGUAUCUUCAUCCUUACCCUUCCAAUACCUAUAGUUGUCAACAGCUUCGCCAGCUACUACAAGAACAGGUUGUGGAGGAACGAGGUGGCGUACAAGAAGAGGGAGAGGGCGCAAAAGAGGAAGGAGAUGGAAGUUUUAAUGAAAGAUAAUCUUCUCAAUAUUCUAACAGUCCCUGGAACUCCAAUAAGGUGUAGUGAAGAGGAUGAGCUAGGAUCCUCCAACAAUAUAAACCCAUCUACCUCUCCUAGGUGUAGUGAAGAGGAUGAGCUAGGAUCCUCCAACAAUAUAAAGGGAAAGGGAGGAAAUCCAACCUAUGCUGAAAAUACACUCUGCCCCUAGAUAGAAGAAGAUUCUGAAUCCUUAACUGAACCUGAUGUGAUAGAUAACCUGCAGCCCCCCCCCCCAGAUGAUUGUCCAACAGUUCCAUAGUUCUAAAAUUCUACAGUCCUACAGUUCGAUAGUCCUAAAGUCCUUCAGUUCUAAAGUCCUUCAGUCAUACAGUCAUACAAUUAUAAAAUUCUACGGUCCCAUACAGAUCUACAGUUAUACAGAGUUCUACAGUCCUAAAGUCCUACAGUUCUAAAAUUCUACGGUUCUAUACAGAUCUACAGUUAUACAGUCCUACAGUUCUAAAAUUCUACCGUCCUACAGUUCUUAAGUUCUAAGAUCCUACAGUUCUACAGUCCUUUAGAGUCCAACAGUUUUACAGUUUCACAGUUCAACAAUCCUACAAUCCUACAGUUCUACAGGCCUACAGUCCUUUAGUCUUACAGUCAUUCGGUUCUACAGUCCUACAGUCCUACAUUCCUACAUUCCUAGAAUUCUACAGUCCUAGAAUUCUAUAGUCCUAGAAUUCUACAGUCCUGCAGUCUCACAGUCCUACAGUUUUACAUUUCUAAGGUUCUACAGUCCUACAGUUCUACAGUUCUACAAUCCUACAGUUCUACAAUCCUACAGUUCUACAAUCCUACAGUUCUACAAUCCUACAGUUCUACAGUCAUACAGUACUAUACAUUCCUGUGGUCAUACAGUCCUUCAGUCCUUCAGCCCUGCAGUCAUAAAUUCCUACAGUCCUACAAGUCUUACAGAACUACAGACUUACAGUCCUACAGACCUGGGUAAACUCUGAUAUAGAUAUCUUUCAUAAAGUCCCAGAGAUCUAGGGCAAACUCUGGAAUAGAUAUCCUACAGUCCUACAAUUCCACAGACCUAGAGUAAACCCUGGAAUAGAUAUCCAACAGUCCUACAAUUCCAGAGACCUAGAGUAAAUCCUGAGAUAGAUUUCCUACAAUCCUCCCAGUCUUGUAGUAUGUAAAACCUACAGUCCAAUAUUUAUUAUUCCUUUAUGAUUAUUAUUUUUACAAUCCGACAGUCCUAUAUUCUUACAGUUCUCUAGUUCCACAGUAUACCCUGAGAAAAUGUCCUGCUUUAUUACGGCUCUGAGCUGAAAGAACCUAUUAAACCUCUAGUUUAAGGCUGAAAUUAUUUAUAUGUAGAUUGUUUUUUACCCUGCAGUUGAUCGGAGUAUUUAUUCUCUUGAAUUAAGUUAAUUACAUUUUAGAGUUGAAUAAAAUUUGUUUGAUUCGUUUC